AUAUGCCUUGUAAAAAAUAUGUGUUCAUAAGAAAGUUUAUAGAAAGAGAUGGAAAAUUGGUGCUUAUUAGCUUGGGGAAAGAAAUAGGGCCACUGAAUGUUAGUUUUUGUAUUAACGACGUGGCAGUUGGUGAAAGGCGUCUCAACUUGUCAAUAAUCCAAAACGUUGCCGUCACAUGUGCAACCGAAAUAGAUCCGAAAGAAACUGUUUUUGGAUAUUGUAUGAUUGUGUCCGUUAUUUUUCUGGCAAUGACGGUUGCCAUAUACAGUAGUUUUUCGAACUUGCGGGAUCUUUUUGGUAAAAGCAUCAUAAGUUAUUGUGGUAGCAUGGCAAUAGCUUUAGCCUUACUGGCAAUAAUAAAGCUAAUGGCAUAUUCGGAUAUGAGUUGGUGUGCUGUUCGAGGAUUUCUUGCGUACUUCUUUCUGAUAAGUAGCUUUUUCUGGUCAAAUGCUAUUUCAAUACAAAUUCUUCUCUGUUCUAGAGCACCGGCACUAUUUAGUGCCAAAAGUAGCUUCUUAUGGUAUUCCUUAUAUGCUUGGGGGUGUCCUGCUGUUCUCACAAUAUGCAUGGCAAUUGUAAAUUUUCAUCCUGGGGACCAUGCUAAGCCGGGACUCGGAUUAAAUCACUGUUGGUUUGCAAAUGAAUCGCAAAGAUGGUAUUACAUGUAUAGCGUUAUGUCGGUGCUCAUAAUUUUAAAUAUGUGCAUUUAUGUAUAUUGCGCAACACUUGUAUGUCAGAAGCCGUUUUCGUCGGCGCAUAUCAAAGAAAUGCGUUACAAAUUGUGGCUGAUGAUACGUCUUUUGGUGCUGAUGGGAUUGUUUUGGAUCUUCGAAAUGAUCAGUACAUUCACUGAAGCACAUAUUGUGUGGACUAUAUUGGACGUCUUCAACACUUUACAAGGCUUCCUAAUGUUUGUGGUACUUGUGGUCCUGCGUCCGCGCGUUAUCAAAACCAUCCACCAGCGCGGCCUCUUCUUUUGUAUGUCCGGAAUUGUGGAAAAAUGUUUGGCCGUGGUCGAUGAUGCGGAGGACGAAUGUAUCGUGCACACGGAGGUCGCUAUGACCGAUAAAUAGUCGGCCAUAGGCUAGAUGCAGUAUACCACCGGCAUAGAACAAGUUAUUGAAUAGUAUUUAUGUGUAAUGUAAGAGAUUAAGGAUGAUGAGCCUUUAGCGGCAGCUGUAACAUCCGGUUUUCGGAUGCUAUUAAUACUUCUGUGGAUGACGUCAUUUCAUAUUGACUCGUUGACUCACGGCAGUGUCUAGACUGUACUCACAUCCAAGUAGACAGUAACUGGUCGUUUACUAAUGUUAUCAAUAGCGUUUCUUAUUAUAAAGAUUUAUAAUAAGAGAUAAAAAUAUAUUUUAAUAAGGAUCCCUAACCAUAAUUUCGCUAUGUGGUAAUUUAUAAUGAUUUGAUCUGACAAUCAGCCAAAUUUUUGAGUGCUAUUAAUUCUACAUUACUUAUUUUAUUAUGGUAAUGAUAAUUAAAUUAAUUCGUAUCGUGUAUGUCCGUAUCUACGAAUGUAGACCAUAAUAAAUGUAAGCAUAAUAAAAUCAUAAU